CUUCAAUUAUAUCCGUGCCCACUCGAACGGACGCCAUCAUGACGACGUCCAUGAGCAUGAGCAGCAGCCAGCGCCUCCUGAAGACCAACUCGCGCAGCUCCAUGAUGGGCUCUCCGCGCUUCUCGUCGCAGACCACCAUGGGCCUUGACGACAUGAACAUCAAGACGUGGAUCCUCAACGCGAGCCCGAUCGACAAUGUGACCUACUACCGCAUCCUCGUCCGGCGAGGUGCUACGUCGGUCAUCAAGGAGUCGAAGCGCCGCUACACGGACUUUCUCGAGUUUAAAGAGAGCCUCCUCGACCUUUUUGACACGCUGCCGACGUGCCCACGCUGCGAAAACAUUGCCAAGGUCGUCGCCGACUUUGAGUUUCCCAAGAAGCACUACUUUUCGUCCAAGUCCAAGGUCGUCGUCAACUACCGCAUGCAAGCCUUCCGCAACUUUGUGUCGCUCGUCGUCGGAAAGGUCUUCAACCCGUCGCCCAAGUGCCCGACGUGCGGCGGCCAAGUCGUCACGCUCGUGCUGCGCUUCCUUCUCCAGAACGCGACCGUCCUCCCGGAGAACCAAGUCCCGCGCGACUCGGUGUUUGUGCGCGAAAACACGAUGACGACGCCGACGUCGACGCGCAGCGACAUUGCGUCCGUGAACCCGCGCGGCUUCCACAGCAUGCGCCGGUCGGUCUCGGGGCCGCCGCCCGUCAUGAACACGGCGCCGCAACCCGCCGCGAUCCGGUCCGAGCCGGGCUUCAAGGCCACGUCCAUUGGCCGCUUCUCGGUGCCCAACGAAGAAAUGGAGGAGCGCUUCUCGUCGCGCGAGUCAUCCAUGGCCCGCCCGCAACCACCCCCAGCACCCCAACCGGAGUUCCGGUACGACGUCUCGUCGUCGAGCGCGAGCACACUCAACCGCCUCUCGUCCGAGCCCGUCCUGCGCCGCCCCGCGGGCAACGAUGUGUACUUUGACAGCUUCUUGGCCGACAAGGACGACCCGAUGCCCAUGAAACAGUUCCUCCCGGACGAUGUAGCCCCGGAGACGUCCGAGGGACCGGCCCAGCAGCACUCAGCGUCGCGCACGAGUGUGAGCUCGAGCAACGGCGACGACGAAGACGACGAAGAAAUCGACUUGACGGGUCUCCACUCGAGCGUCGAUCCUGUCAAGCCCGCGGCCAAGCCCGCCCCUGCCGCGUGGUCGGGCUGGGACACGACCCUCUAAUGUACAUGCGUGUCCUCGUACGAACCUUAUAUUUAAUCUACGUCUGUCCACACGUG